CCUUGCAAGAUUUUCGUUUCUUUUACCUCUUCUUCUUCUUCUUCUUUCUGCUUCACUUGCUGCUUCUAACUCCAUCCCCAAUGGCUUCCUCCAGUGCCUUGACAACAAUUCUCUACCCUCCUAUCCGACCUCUGCGGUUAUCUACACUCCCAGCAACUCUUCCUACUCUUCUGUCUUGCAAGCUUACAUUCGAAACCUCCGUUACAACGAGACCACCACCCGAAAGCCACUCUUCAUUCUCACUGCGACCCACGUCUCCCACAUCCAAGCUGCCAUUGUCUGUGCCAGAACCUAUGGCGUCGAGAUGAAAAUCCGAUGCGGUGGCCACGACUAUGAGGGGAUCUCAUACUGGUCCGAGGUUCCAUUCUUCAUCCUUGACUUGUUCAACCUCAGAUCCAUCAGUGUCAACAUAGAAGAGGAGACUGCUUGGGUUCAGGUUAUGACAAUAUAUAAAUA